UCAUCUCUUGAUCAUAUUUCUCUCUUAUUCACAAUCUCUUUCUCAAAACCUCUCUCUAUCUAAAUCUCUCAAGUUAUUUAAAAUAGAAGAAUUAUACUAAAAUAAAAAAAUUGACAUGGAAAGCCAUCUACCGAUGAUAUCAAAGAGAGUAUGGAAUAUGGUACGUGUGGCUUUUUUCAUGUUGAAAAAAGGCAUAUCAAAAGGCAAACUAAUGAUGGAUUUAAACUUGAUGCUCAAACGCCGCGGAAAACUAGCCAGGAAAGCCCUUUUAAAUCUAAUGUUCCAUCAUCACCACCACAACCACGGCGGCUCCACCUCAAGCCGACGAUCCCACAAAUCACAACCCCAAUUCACUUCUUCAUUGGAGUAUGAAUUCAGCUGUAGCAACACUCCCAACAACUUCUUCUCAAAUGGGAAGCGUCACCAUAUCCACAACCAUAAAUACAAUGCUCAAGCACCAGUUGCCCAUGAUGAAGAGGUGACGACUAUGAAUGCAAUGAAGGCAGUGUUGGAGAGGCUUAACAAUGAUCAAUCGAUUGUAGCUGCGUCUCCAGCAGUGCCCGGAUUCGGACGUAGCCCAAUGGUGAGGCAAUUGAGGGUGACUGACUCACCAUUUCCUUUAAGAGAUGAUGAUGAGAAGGACAAUCAAGUUGAUAAAGCAGCUGAAGAUUUCAUAAAAAGGUUUUACAGUCAAUUGAGGAAGCAAGAUUGAUUGAAUAAUAAUAAUUCACCCUACCUCCUUUAGUAAAUAAUGAGUGUGUAAUAUUUGCUGUGAAUGUUCAGUAACCAUAUUUUCUAUUUUUGGUUAUUUUCAUGAAAUAUAAUCCAUAGUUCAUAUGCCAAUAUGUGGGAGAAUAAAUUACAGAAUUCAUCAACAAAAAAGAGGAAAAAUACGGAAGAUGAUGAAAAGCAAUAAAAAAAAAAUGCCAAAAGUUUAGUACACAUCUUUGUAUUAAAAAAGAAUUUUAAUAAAUGGUUUUAAAAAAAUCCCGCGACCAUGAAAACAGUGGUGACAAAAUUGUAUCGG